AUGAAGCUGCUGAUGGACCACGGAGCCUCUGUCGACGACCUGGACUCGCAUAACCGGAGCGCAGUCUUAUGGGCUCUGUACAACAAGCGAGUCCUUAACACCAUGUUCCUGUUGAACCGUGGUCCUCAUCUUCUGCUGCGCGGUUCAAGAUCUGCACGAAACAUCCUCAGAAUGAGUGUAUCUACCGAUGCCACGGAAGACAUCCGACGAGCACUCAAGGUAGCACUGCUCUGUCAGACAGAUGCACCAGAGAUUAUUAAGUGCCUCCUGCAGCUGAUCCAGCUAGGCUUCCGAUACACUUAUGGCCGCACUGUGCUCCAUUUGGCUAUCCAGGCAUUGGACAGCACGCUUGAAAUCAUCGAAGCCGUCCUUGAACACGCAGAUCACAUCAAUUUCAACGCCAAAAACGAGGAUGGCUUGACAGCUCUGGACUGCGCCGCAAGGCAGGGCCGGCCAGAAGUCGCAAGAUUGAUCGAUCCGGAAUGGACCUCAACACAAGAGGUCGCGGAGCCGGUCGAAGAAUUCUUCCCAAACACCGAACAGAGACUGCACCCCGCCGACAUGUUCCACUGGCCGGGCUUGGGUUGGUAA